AUGCUCCCCUGUGGGGACUGGUCUGAUGUGCUCCUCACCAUUCCACUGGAGACCUGGGUUUUAGGAAGGAGGACCACAGAGACAAAGGACCAUUUUGAUCAAAGCAUCUCAAGGUUACCUGCUGUCAUCCUCCCUGCUGCUGUUGGCCUCCGUGGUCUGACUGAGACGGGUUUGUCAGGCCCUCCUGCUGGAAAGGCCAAAGCAGAGGCUCUGGCAGCCAAGAAGGCCGCGCUGAAAGGCGCCAUCAGCUGCACAGAGAAAAAGGUCCGCACAGCUCCCACCUUUGGGCGACUAAAGACAGGCAGCCUGAAUACCCUGGGAAGAGCAACCCCCACCCCCGGGAGAAGCAAGCUUGCCCACUGUGCCAUCAUCCAGUUCCCCCUGACCACCGAGUCAGCCAUGAAGAAGACAGAAGACGUCCACACACUGGGGUUCACUAUGGACGUCCAGGCUAACAAGCGCCGGGUCAACCAGACUGUGAAGAAACUCUAUGACUCCGAUGUGGCCAAAGUCAAGACCCUGAUCAGGCCUGAUGGAGAGAAGAAGGCAUACCUUUGGCUGGCUCCCCAUUAUGAUGCUUUGGAUGUUGCCAACAAAAUUGGGAUCAUCUAAA